CCUCUUUAUAACGGGACAGAAGUGAGCGCGAGACGAAACGCAAUUAAACCGUGCAGCGCUCGAGGCUCGAGGAUAACGGAUAACAUUCGGGGGAAUCUGAAGAUGGAGAUGUACCAGGCCGGUUAUUACACUGAGGACUUCAGCACUCAGGAGGUUCCUGUUGGAUUUGACUUCAGUUCAUAUGACUACAAUGGUGAAGACCUGUCCUUUUUGUUAGACAGUAAAGGAUCGGGCCAGUCGCAGUACACGGACACAUACGCAGAACCACACAAGGACCACAUCAGCACCUCCAAAGUUAACAUUAUGGAUUCUGGAUUAUUUAAUCUGGACACUUUCCCUGAGUUUAGCAGCUGGACAUCAUACACUAAUGUUCCGGACAGUAUGGUGAUGGACAGACAGACAGGGGGUUUUCAGGACUCAGCCACUCAGACGUAUCAGAGUCUGUUUCCUCCGUGUCCUUCGUCUCAGAGCAGCUCAUUCGGUUCAGCUGCAGAAGCCAGCGGACUUUACCAACCCACCAAAGAGUUCAGUCACAGAGCGCCAUCGGGUUUAGAGCAUGCAGGUGGUGCAGAGAGGAGCUACACUUUAUACGAGACGGAAACCCAAAGCAAGGCUAUUCCAUACUGGACAGAUUAUUCCUCCUCGGGUUACUGCAGCCAGCUACUCGCUCAUCCUCCUUCAUCCUCAUCCUCGUCUCCGGCUCCUCUCACGCCCGAGACGUUUUCUCCUCGUGUGCUGAAGAGACGCAACACGACGUCUCAGAGAUUAGACCGAGAUGGCGAGGUGUCUCCGGGGAUGUCUGCUUACCCAGGAUCAGGACCGAUUCAGCUGUGGCAGUUUCUCCUGGAGCUUCUCCUAGACUCAGCGUGUCACACCUUCAUCAGCUGGACUGGUGACGGCUGGGAAUUCAAAAUGUCAGACCCUGCAGAGGUGGCUAAACGAUGGGGUCAGUGCAAGAACAAACCCAAAAUGAACUACGAGAAGCUGAGCCGUGGCCUGCGCUACUACUACCACAAGAACAUCAUCCAUAAAACAGCUGGCAAGCGCUACGUCUACCGAUUCGUCUGCGAUGUGCAGAGUAUGCUCGGGAAAAGCGCACAAGAAGUUCUGGCCAGUAUGAACAUCUCACCGCUGAAUGCUGGAUCGCAGACGCCAGUAAAGUCAGAGGAAACAGCAGACGUCUGGCAACAUUAACAUUGACUGUGCUAGUGAAAGGAGGUGUUCCACAAGGUUUCACACAUCCUCAUCAACUUCUGGAAGUGAACACAUGAGCACUUGCGUCACAAGUGGACACGAAUUUCAUGAUAACUUGCUAAUUAGCUAGUGUGCUAAUCAGAUCAGUUCUCUGUUGCUCAAGCUGAUACAAACCUUUGGAAAGUAAACUGCAGCACCACCGUCUGGAUCAUUCUAAAGUAACUGGACAGAUCUUAUGAUGGCUGAGUGCACACAAGCAUGAGGAAGUGGACAAUGGGGAGACAAACACAGUAUUGGAACACAACCUUAUUUAAAGACUCCAGCAUGAGAUUCAGCACAGUUUCUCUCUUUUGAACAGAGAAUUUUAAUCUGUGGAUAGCAGGUUGCUACAGAGACGACUGUGUCCACUCCAAUGUGUAGAAAUAAUCAUUAUGAACUUUAUAUUUGCUCUUUUUUACUCAGACUCUAUCAGGAUAUAAAGGGAGAUGUUUCCAAUCAACCUGCGUCCUCAAGUAAUCAAUGCAAUCUAUCAUCUUUCUAAACAUAUUUACUGUGUGUGUGUGUGUGUGUGUGUGUGUGUGUGUGAGUGUGUGUGUGUGUACUAAUGUGGUUAGCUACCUCUUUACACAACAUUAAACACCAAAAGUGUUGUACUCUGAAUGAUGUAAGUGAUUUAUUUGUUCAGAUCAAUCAUCAGAUUGUGCAUUAAUGUAAAUAAAUUGUUAGAUAAAA